AGCAACAAGCAAUUAUUACUAUUUUUUUAAUCGAUUCCAUUACCGCACAACGUACAAAUAUAAGCCGUAACCGUCAGUCGAAGAAAUGAUGGACUAUUUUGUUGCAAAUAGUUCAUUAGCUCCAGCACCCAUGGGGAUACAAAGUACUGCUGGUGCAGUUCCAAUAAAAAAUGAUAAAGGUGAAGUGUCUAUGAAGAAGGUAAAAGUACAUCGAUACGUGUCAGGUAAAAGGCCAGAUUAUGCACCUACUGCUAGUUCCGAUGAAGAAUCAGAGGAAGAUGAUUUUAUGGAAAAACGAGGAAGACCGUACGAAGAGAUAGAAGGCGUUCCAAAUAUUCCUCAAACUAAUGAUCACAUUAAAACCAAAGAAGACGAUGAUCCUCGAUUACGUCGACUCACAAGAUUAGAUCGUCAAAGGGAGAAUACGGAUGAAAUAAGAGCAGAAAGGAGAAGACACGUUCAAGAGCCUGAAGUUUUAAUGACAGAUAUAAAUGAAAAAUCGAAAGAACGUAUAAAACUCGACAGUUCUGAAUCAUCGGAGGAUGAGGAUCUCUCCGAUGAAGAAAUCGAAAGAAGAAGAGAGGCACUUAAACAAAGAGUUUUAUCGCGUAAAGAAGUAGACGAAGAGUUAAUUAAAGAAGAAGACGAAGAAGAAAAAUCUGGAGAUAGUUCUGAAUCCAGCUCGGAAUAUGAAGAAUAUACGGAUUCUGAAGAAGAAACGGGUCCUCGAUUAAAACCAGUGUUUGUUCGCAAGAGAGACAGAAUUACAGUGAUGGAAAAAGAAAAAGAAGCGCAAAGGCAAAAACAAGUAGAAUUAGAAGCUAAGAAAUUAGUAGAAGAGCGAAAAAAACAAACAUUACGAAUGGUAGAAGAAUCUAUAAGAAAAGAAAGUCAAGUUAGAGGUAGCAUGUAUGAGAUCGAAGGAAAUAUAAAUGAUGUGAAUACAGACGAUGAAAAUGAUGAAUUAGAGUAUGAAGCAUGGAAAUUACGCGAAUUAAAACGGAAUAAAAGGGAUCGGGAAGAGCGAGAAGCAGUUGAAAGAGAGCGUUUGGAAGUAGAAAGAUUGCGAAACAUGACUGAAGAAGACCGACGUCAAGAAGCACGACUGAAUCCAAAGACUAUUACCAAUAAGGCAGCAAAAGGAAAAUAUAAAUUCUUACAAAAGUAUUAUCAUCGCGGUGCAUUUUAUUUGGAUAAAGAUGAUACAAUUUACAAACGAGAUUUUUCUGGAGCUACUCUGGAAGAUCACUUUGAUAAGACAAUUUUGCCUAAAGUCAUGCAAGUCAAGAACUUUGGGCGCAGUGGAAGAACCAAAUAUACACAUUUGGUAGAUCAAGACACAACGCAGUUUGAUUCACCAUGGAUUUCUGAAACUGCCCAAAAUCUGAAAUUUCAUAAUAAUCAGGCAGCUGGUGUAAAACAAGUAUUUGAACGUCCAUCUUUAAAAAAAAGGAAAGGAGAAAAUUAACUUAUCGAUGACAUGAUAAAUACUUUAAAUGAAAAAGGCAUGAUAAUGAUUACCUCGUCACUAGUUUCGAAAUUUCUAUGUUCUUGAAACUUAACAAAUUUAUCGAUAGCUGAAAAUAACUCUGGA